UGAUUGAACGGGUGCGAGUCGAAUUUCAUUCAUUAGUUUUGCACGCUUUGUACCUAUUACUGCAGUACAAGUAAAAAGCUUUUCGACAAGUGAUAAGAAGUCAAUUCCAGUGCAGCAUUUCUCCACAUUUGCAAAUAACAUACAAGUUAUUUGGUGGAUACCAUUGUGUAGUUCCGAACAUAGGCUCUAGUGUGAUGGUGUUUGUUUCUGAACAUAUUGGAAUUGCCGAAGCAAGAUAAAGUGUCAGUAUAUUUUCAUAAGUUCAGUAAGCUACGUCGUCUCAUAGUGCUACCCUUAUUGGAAAACAAUUCAGAGGAAAUGUUUUCGAUUUCAGUAGAUACGAUCUGAAGUACGGCCAUAUGUGAAAAUUUGUAAAUUUCAAAUUGUAGGCUGUUUCUAGUGGUGCAGUGCUGAAUCUUUAACAUUUCGGCAACCUUUUCUACUCUAGAAGAUCGGGCAUGUAAAAAAGUGUAUAUAAAAUUAUAAAGCAGAUAUAACUCCAACAUGAUAAGUUAAUGUGAGAAAUUUGAAAGCAAAAAGUAUGGAAGUAGCGAUAAAAUUUCAGCGCAAGUGUUAAUAGGAAAAACGAAAUAAUUUAAACGACACAGGUGUGCUAGUAAAAGAGUGAUAACAAUGUACAAACUAGCGUGUACAAUAUGCAGCAUAAUGAUCACAGCUGGAACGGUGGCAGCCGAAAGCGAAUACUUUCCUGGUCUACGCAGAACGAAACCGAACCAAGCUGGACCAUCGCAGUGGGCACCACUUAAUGAUGCUCGAGAGGCACCCGAGUUCUUAAAAACCAUAAACGAAAUAAUCGAGGAACGAGCCCGUCAACGGUUUUUGGAGCAUUGGCAACGACUUCAGCUGAAUAGGAAUAUUCUGCAAAGAAAUGAAGCAACUGGUCCGGCAUUCACCUAUCAAUCGUCACCCCCAAAGCAUCCCGCAAAUCCGAAUGAACCAAUCGAUUUUGCCGUUGGCCCCAGUGAUGCUCGCUUCUACGACCGUACAGUGAGCAUCGUUGAUUCGGACAACGCAUUCGAUAGCAACAAUUUUGACUCUGACAAGAUUCCCGAGCAUGAGCUCAUUAUGAAUCCAAACCCCAGUAGGAACGUCCCUCCUUCACCUCAGGAUAUCAAACCGAAGCUUCCCAUCCACUAUAAUCAACAUUCGCUAGACAAUAAGCUGCGACACAAGGAGCAGAUAUUUGACGAAAAUGUGUUCCCACAACGAGUGAAUGGAGUUAUCCAGAGGCCAGUGGAAAUGGAUGGCGCUGUGGCCAUGUACAUUGUGGCUCUGAUUGGCGGAAUAAGCGCAGCCGUUACGGUCGGCUUGAUUUCCGUUGGAAUUGGAUGGUAUACUCUCCAUAAAAAGGCAAAAGCAGCCGCAGAUGUCGACUAUCCGGCUUACGGUGUGACGGGGCCCAAUAAGGACUCUUCGCCUACUGGCGACAGAAGGCUUGCACAGAGCGCUCAGAUGUACCAUUAUCAGCACCAGAAGCAGCAAAUCAUUGCAAUGGAAAACCAUAACAAUAUAGAUAAAAAUGGCAUUCAUUCCGACGCUGAAAGCGAGGACGACAAUGAAGAAGGAGAUUAUACUGUGUACGAAUGUCCUGGAUUGGCACCGACUGGUGAAAUGGAAGUCAAAAAUCCGCUGUUUCUUGAUGAUCCAACAAUUACCCCAGGAACUAAUCAAAUAACGAUCGGAGCAUCUACCACACCGACCAAGAUUACCAUCGAUGAAAGUCAGUCAGAUGACCCACAUGUAAAUUCGAAAAAGUAAUUUCACCUACCAAGCUUCUGGUAGCUUUUUGGAGAUCGUGGAAUGGUUAGGCCGGUUCGCCGGUUGUGGUUUAUAGGUGUUAGAGCUCUCAUGACGACCUAGAUACAUUCUCUGUUGAUGGAAAGAAUGUGAACUAAUUAGCAUUCAACAAUGACUAUCAAGCACAAAGUGCUGAUUUGAAAGAGUCUUUGGUUAUGUCUUGUUAUAGUUUUGUGUCGGUUAUUGAAUAGAAGAAUAGGCUAUGUUCAGGAAUACAUUAGAAAGAACGAGAACCGAAGAUCAAAUGAAAAUGAAUGUUUUAAAUUACCAAAAAUAUAAAACAGAUCUACCGAUCCAGGCUGCACGUAAAAUCAGAGGAAAAAGUAUAUAAUUUGAACAAUUUGCUCAUGGAAUAAAUAAAUGUAUUAAACAUACACUCUAACUUUUUUAGAAA